UGAAAUAUAUACCGGAAGUAAGAAGAAAAAAGCUGAACGUGUUUGUCCUCCUCGCGCUGGUCUGGCACGUUUGCUUUUUAACCAACAAGUCGUAAUUUUCUGUUUCACAGAAGAGCAAAACGCGCGAAGAAAACAAAAAUACCCGUUUCAUUCAGGAGGAGCGCACUUUUCUCUGCACUCAAGUGUCUUUGAGAUCCAGACUUGUAUUGACGGAUCGUCCUUCCCCGGACUUGAUUUGCUUUGUUCUUCUUAUAUCCCGCUCAUCUAAAGUUUUAUCAUUUUAAGGCCAUGUCCCAAAAACUGAGCAGCGAUGGUACACAGAAAGGCUUCGCCAUUGGCCGUGGGCUUUUGGCUGCUGCUGAGACUUUGAACUUUAGUAUGGGUGAAAAACACUCAGAUCCUUACGGGUCUUCUUCCCAGUCCCGCAGCGGCAUGUCCAGUUUGCUCGGAGGGGAGGGAAAAGACCAUGACUCCCAACUGCCCCGCCGAGCAGGCAGUCACCUUAGCAAUACCAUGAAACUCUUUGCCAGCCUAGGCCUCUCACCAACUGAUUUAGAUGCGCUGGCACAGGUCCCAGAGGAGAACAUCAGUGUGGAGACCUUACCCCGUCUUAUCAUGGAGCUUAAGAACCGCAAAAUGGAAGCCGGUCGCCGCAUGGGUGGAGAUUUGUCGACCCGUUCUUCAGAGACUUCAUACAGAAACGACAGAGAAGAUUGGGGUGAUACCCAGGGCGGAAGAAUGGACCGCUCCGGCGGGCAGUCUCAAAACCGAUCGCAGGGCGACAUCGGUUACAGUUCCACACAAGACACGUCUAGUCGAGGAUUCGACAUGUUAGAUUAUGGCAGCGGUGGCAGUAGAGACCGGCAAUAUUCUGAUCUUUCCCGUGAUUCCUACCGCGGCCUUGGCAUGUCUACAUCAUCAUCAUCCGACGACAUGUUCAUGCAAAGAAGAGCGGGCACCCCGUCUAAUGGCAAAGUACAGGAUUUCUUGGGAGUCAUGCCUCUCAUGUUUCCUCAUGUGUGUGCCCUUUGUGAUUUUGAUGUACACAAUUCCAUGGAAUGGACUCAACACACAACCGGGAUUCGUCAUUCUGAAAACCGCAGACUCCUCCUGCAAAUGUAUCCGGAUUGGGAUCCCCACAUGCCCUCCAGUCGCAUGUCGACUUCCCUAUCACUCAACACAAAAAAUCGAUCGGAUGGAUUGCUGGGAGCUGCACCGGUCGGUGUUGGUCUACAAAGAACUGGGAUGAGCUCCAACUGGGGGUCGGAUUCCGGUAUGGGGAUGACAAGUAAAGUGACAUCAUAUGCAACAGCACCUAAGAUAAGAAGUAGAGUGGUUGUGGCCAAAUAUGAUAGAAAACCAAUGUCAUCAAACACCCUGUUUGCUUUGGCAAAACCGUUUGGCGCCAUCCGAGAACAUCUUGUACUAAACAACAAGGCUUUCUUGGAGCUCGAGACACAUGAAGAAGCUUUGGCCAUGGCUAAUUAUUACCAUCGUAAACCUGCUAUAUUGCAUGGGAAAGAGAUAAAAAUUUAUUUGUCAAAGGAAUUGUUGGUAAUUGAGAAAGCACGAAGACCAGACAAACGAACUAGACAAGCGAUGGGAGUUGGGGAUAGCAAAGUGGUGUUUUUCUCCAAUUUACCACGAGGGGCUGACCAGAAAAUGGAGCUUCUGACUAUAUCUCGUAGAUUUGGUAUUGUCGAAAAGCAUCUUUUCCUAAAUGAUGAGGCAUUUGUUGAAAUGAGCAAUGCAGAAGAUGCUGAAAUGUUGGUGAAGUACUACACUCUCCAUCCUUUGACAAUCGGUAAAAGCUCUGUCAGGCUGAACAUCUGCGCAAAAUACAAGACUCUAACGGUCCCACCAGGCAAGGGUCAAGGAAGGGUGGAAACCACACGAAGGAGUAGCGACAACACCAGCAGAACUAGUGACAAAUCUUCAUCGAAAAGUCAGAGAUCCUCUAGCUCCAAAGCUAAAGAGAGUUCGGAUAAGAAGGUAGAGGUAUCUAAGCAGGAGGAUGAAAAUGAAGCCAAGAAAGAGGAAUCUGGAGACGAAGAAGCUGAUGUUAUGGAAGCACGGGAUGGAGAUGAAGAGGAUUUUGUUGAAGAGCCCUCUGCAGAGGAGGAGAUCCAAUCCUGUGAGCCAGAAGAAAGCAGUACACAACCAGAUCCUGAGACAAAUAUAGAGCAUGAAGACUCUGAGGAACAACAAGCCAAUGAUGGCACAGAUGAUGCAGACGCUGUGGAGGACCAAGAAGAGACUGAGGAGAAACAGGAAGAGGCACAGAUGGAGGAGCCUGCGGUAUCUGAGACUGAGCAGGGGGAGAACACGGAUGAGCUUCCUAAACAACAACCAGAGGAAGAAAAUGGCGAACAACCACAGGAUGAAGUUCCUGAAGAGGACGAUACACAGCAGGAGGCUCAAGGUGAAAUUGACUUUCCUGAGAACCUGGAUGAGUUUGUUACUCUUGAUGAGUUGGCUGAGGAGGAGGAUGCCGAGAGACACGACUCAAAGUCAAGAGCUAAAAACCCUUCAGGAAGCUCAAAGGAUAAAGGGGGACUGAGAGUUGUCAAUGUUGUUGGCUUUAAGCGUGGCUAUGGUUAUCUGGAUGAAAUUCUUUCUCUAGCAAAGCCGUUUGGGAAAGUUGUGCGUCACCUGGUCUUGGAUGUGAGGCCUGAGGCUUUUCUUGAGCUCUCCAAUGAACAAGAGGCAAAAGCAAUGUCUAAUUUUUACAGUGGAAAUGUUAUACCCUCUGUGUGUGGGAAACCGGUUAAGGUUUACCAUUCACACACCUAUCCAACCAUCCAGAGCGGGAGAGUCGUCUACAUCGGUAAUCUUCCAACCUUCAAAUCAUCCGAUGCAUCACUUUUAAAAAUCGCUGAGCCGUUUGGACAAGUCAAAAGAUACUUUCUGAAUCGGUUACGCAAUGAGUGCUUCAUUGAGAUGGAAAAAGGGGAAGAUGCUGAGAAAAUGGUAGAAACCUACAAGGAAAGUCCAGCUAAAUUUGAAGGCAAACGACUUGCCGUCUAUAUCAGCAGGAAAUAUAAACAACUCAAACAUGGACACAGACCCCCAAGCCCAGAAUCAGAGGAUAAACGGCCAUCCAAAAGGGAACGCUCUGAUGAGACCGAGACCCAAAGCAACAGCUCUGGCAAAAGUAACACCAAGAAAGAGGAAGAACCUUCUCCUAAAAAGAGUAAAGUGGAGAAGCCUACCACUGAUAAACACGAGGAGGUGGACAACAAGGAAGAGAAGGAAAGUCCAAAUGUUUUACCGGAAACUGUUCCCGAGGUUAUUAAGGAGGAUGAGGAAGAGCAAAGCAAAGAGACACCUGAGGUCCAGAAAAUGGAGACUGAACCUGAGGCUAAAGAUAAAGAGCCUGUUGUUACGCCACCUGUUGCUAUGUCAGAGAAGAGUUUGGAAACAGAGGAAAAAUCUGCACCACCUGAAAAAAAGCCUGAAAUUAGCCUUGCUACUCUUGGGCCACAUGACCCUAACGUCCCAGUGGGUGUGGAGUUUGUAAAGAUGGGAUACUACUGUAGAGUCUGCUUCCUGUUUUACUCUAAUGAGGACACUGCUAAGAGGGUUCACUGCUGUAGUCAAUCACACUACGAUAAACUUAAGAAACAUCUGGAAAAGGAGAAGGCAAAAGCACAGAGUAAUGGAGGAAAGAAGUGAACCAGCUGCAAUAGACAGCCUUUUUUGCUGGUUUUUUAAGUUUUCUCAUGAUAAAAUGGUUUGUUGAAAUGUUUGUUUUUCCUAUAAAAUAGUUCAACAGAUAUCUUGCUUUUUUGUAGUAAUGGAAAUUGUCAUUGAGCAGAAAAGGUUUUGUUUUUGCAAUGUAGCAGUGUAAGACAUUUUACCCCUACAGCGCUUCUGCUAUUUCUCAGAUUUUCCUUUAAUUAAACAAACCAUUCCAAUGUA